AUGGGAUAUUUGCUAUUACGCAUUUUUGACAGCAUGUUUCGCAGGUGCUACUUUGUGUGGAGUGUCGUUGAUAACACUGACUGCAAUAAGCGUGGACAGACUUCUCGCUUUGCUACUGGGUCUCAGAUACAGACGGUACAAGUUGUAACUUUUAAAAGAACACGUUUAAUUGCUAUUGGUGGUUGGAUUGUGUCCGUUGUCGGUGCAUCUACAUCCUUUCUGAAUGUUCAUAUAGUUUCAUUAUUUGUAUAUUUAGGUACAGCUUUUUGUUUAGUUACUACAACUUGUGCCUACACAAAAAUUUUCAUGUCUCUACGUCAUAACCAAAUUCAUGGUCAGAACCAUGUUGUUCAAGGGCAAUCGAGCCAAGCAAAUACACUGAAUAAAGCUCGAUACAGAAAAGCAGUGUAUAGUGCACUGUGGGUGCAGGUAGCGUUGGUUAUUUGUUAUCUGCCGUACGAUAUAGCUGCAGCUUUGACACCUCAAAGGGGGGUGCCUUUAUCUACUUACGUUGCUUUGCAAUUUACAGCUACCUUAGUGUUUUUAAACUCGUCGUUAAACCCGCUUCUGUACUGCUGGAAGAUCCCAGAAGUGAGACAAGCUGUAAAAGAAACUUUACAACAACUAUACUUCUGUAUCAACUAAGACUUAGACUAAGAACAUUUACUAACGAACUUGAUAAGAAAAUAUAUAUAAGAAAACCAGACAAAUGUCCUAGUCCGAAUUGCACCUUUAAGAUUGUUUUCUGUUUCAUGUGCAGAUUGUAAAGACACAAACAAAAUCAUUUGUUUAUGUUAAAAAGUUUAAUAAUCAUAAAACAAAAUGAAAAUAUCACUAAAACUAGUCAGUUAGCUAAUUAGUUCUCUGGCAAUGAAAACUACGAAGCAGGCACAUAUUAUUAAAGAGAACAGCUCACUUGAUCGCAACAUCACACCAACAAACUCUUUUGACUAAUGUUUUUUAAAGCCAGAAGACAAUCAGAGAGCUUUACUGUUCUGCGGAAUUUACUGGAGAGGUACAUGGCGAACUUAUCUCGAAAAAACACUGCAUAAAUAACAGCUGUUGAUAACCAUAAAAGCCGCUAUGUUCAUAGUAUAAUCAAGUUUAACAAACGUCAUAAGUUCAGUCAGGGGCAAAAAUAUUCCUUUUCCGAAUGCUUUUUUCAAAAUCGAACAAUGUUUAUUGUGGCCGGAUAUUGAGGGCCAGUACAUGAUGUAAUUUAAAUUUGAUGGCCAAUAAAUACACAUUAACAUUGUUCUGUUGCCUAACACUGGGUAUUUUAAUAAAAGCUUGCGAGCAUACGAAGGCUUUUGUUUUUAGACAUAAUGAAAAGUGAACCCUUAUACUUCUGAUUUGCAGGUGACGUCACAGCGGCCAUGUUGGUGAUCAAGAACAAAAUCAUUUCUCUUCUCUGGGAAGUAACCGCUAUUUUCAUGUAAAUUCUUCGAGAAAACAAUUCUAUUGUACUGACCCCCAACAUGGCCGCCUUAUUAGGUGGUUGCAAAUCAAGAAUAUUCACAUGGUAACGUGAUAUCAAUGUAGGAGAAGGGGCUGUCAUCAGUCCCCCUUGGGGGAUUGCUCAGAUGACUAACUAUUACCUAGUGUUGUUAUUUGCCAUCGUAUCAAUCGUUGUAUCCAAAAUAAAGUCUGUUGCGAGAUCGAAUUAUUGCAGGAAUUAGUAGCAAAAGCGAAGUACUUUCUCAGCUAAGAGCUAAAGCAGAUUCAUAUACAGUGUUUAAGGUGAUUCACUGGUUUUGCACUGCGCAUCUCUUACUGCGCAUAACAAGAUGGCUGCCGUGAAAAAGAGCAUCUAAAGUCAGGAGCUAAAGUAACAUUAUUAAAAUCAAGUAACUAAAGAGAAACGCUAUAAGAAUUUUUGCUAGCGGUUGUUUCUUGCCAAAAUGAGACUUUAUGUGUUAGGAAUGUGCAUAACGUAAGCAGUACGCGUGUUGCUCAGUUCGACUUCUUCACGGAGAACCUCGAUAAUAGAUGUUAAACUCCUGCUAACUCACUUUGAAUUUCAUUUAAGCGCCAUCUUUAUCACAUUGCGUUCCAAAUAUGAUAUUUCCAUAUAAAUUCUGUAAAAACGGAUUUUUUGAUGCUUUCUUCCCCCUUCUACAUACAUGUUUAACAUAUAUGAUAUUGUGAAACACGCCCCAGUCCUCUCUCGAAGAUCGGAGAAAAUGCAUGUGGUGCGCACUUUCUGCAGCUCCGGCGCAAAAAGGAGUAGGGUGACCCCCAUAUUUUAUUCCAUGAUUUUAAUAAGAGCAGUGCUUCCUUUCAAUGAGAAAAAAAUUGGCAAGAAUCUAUGUUCAGUUUUUUGACAAUUUUACUAAAUUGUGCGGAUUGAGCUAUAAUGGGUCCAAUAGCGCGUGUCAAAAUUAAGUCUACUUUGGAGCGUAAAGUAAAAACAGGGGCAAAAAAAGGCAUUUUUCUGGUACGUAAGUGGAUAAACAAUACAUUUAAUUCAAAUUCUGUGCGAUACCACAUGCAUCAUCGAAAAAAUCUCUCCUUUUUGUCUAAUUUUGGGCUGUGCGGGGUUUUUGCCAAAGGGUCCUAAAUAGUCGUAUUUGUCAGCAUUGUGACGUCAAAACGAACACGGUGACCCCCACUUUUUAUUACUUUUUUAUCAUCUUCUUGACUUGUUACAUCGGUGUACCAAGUUUCAUCUACAAUCUAUGUUAGGUUGUUUUACUAAGGAAUCACCUUAAAGGAUGGAACAUCACCAUGGCCCUAGGGCACGAAACCCCUUCUUUUACAAAAAUGGGCCUUGGGUUCAUAUAACAGUUGAGUACGCCACCAGCACUGCUAACAUUUGACCCCUCUCACUUUCAAAUUCGUUUCUACGGGCCUGCAUGACAAGACAGCAUGUCUCGGGAAAAAAAGAGGCGAGAAAACUGCUUCGAUUUGAAAGUUUGGCUGAGCUUGGUAAUUUUUAUUGCACGUCACACAGAAAAACAGGGACAAUUGAUUGUUUGGUGAAUCAUAAUAAAAACUUAUCUUCUCGGAGAAAUGGUAGUCUUUCGUUGUUUUCACUUUAUUUGAAAUUAAACUUUAAUUUGAAUAAUCAUUAUAGGUAAGUGCAUCAAUCUUAGCCAUCGGUAGCUGUCCGGCAAACUGAGAAAGUUUUGCCUCGAAUUAUGGAUUGCUUACUAGCCUACGUAAUUCAGUUUACUUUAACAAAGAGAAGAAGAAUAACAGUCAACAAGCUGUAAACUAAUCGAACAACACUGAGAUAGAGGUGCUAUGUACAAGUUGCUGUAUAUGGGGAAAAUAUAUUCCCCGAUUCUGAUUGGCUAAAAGCACACGCAUAAUUCACCAUAACCAGUUGCUGAUGACCAAAUUUGGAAGAAUUUUUUGAAUUCGGCUUUCGUAUCAUAUGAAGAAUUAUGGAGAUCUCGGAGUGUGUUAUCCGCCUCACCCUCCUCGAUCUCCAUAAUUCUUCAUAAGAUACUCAGCCACAUUCAUUAAUUGUUAAAUAAUAAUAUAGUUUUACCUGGAUUUUUGAACUUGGUUUAGCAAAAAAAAUCAAUUCACUCUACGACGACAAACGUGAUUUACCAAGCGACUGUAACGACCGGGACAACAACAGAAUCAUACAUUGGACUCAGUAGCCACUAACUUCAAAGAACAGUACAGAAAUCACUUGACAUCCUUCCGACACGCGAACAGAAGAAACGAGACGGAACUGUCCAAACAGGUGUGCACCCUCAAAGAUGCCAACAGAUCCGUUCACGUCCAGUAAUUGUAAACCAUAUGACAAGGCUAACAAAAAGUGUAAUGUGUGCCUCCAAGAAAAAAAACACUUAUGUACUCUGAACAAAAGAAACGAAUUAGCAAGUUCAUGCCCCUUCAGAGGUAGAUUUACUCUCAGACAGUUUUAGAAUAACGUAACGCAACGCAACGAAACCGCGCGGUUUCCGAAAAACCCACUGGUGGACCUCUAUACCUCUGUGUCGACAGUUAUGUCUAUUUACAAAGUUUUUAAUCACUCUGCGUCUGCCUCGUCACCAGCCUCUCGCAAUCGCAUAUUCAGAAAUUUUUAAGUUCGGAGGCCUACCCAUCAUCCCCCACUCGCUGUUCUACACUCGUUUCCCACACCCCGCAUUGAACUCCACCCUCCUCAGUUAGCUUUGGAAAAGAAACACGUUUCACGCGCAUAAAUUCUCAGAAGCAGUCUUAAAAUUGCUUUCUCCGCGGUAGUUGCAUCUUGUUUCACAAAAUUUGGCGGAGUUGCUUGACGGCACCCCAGUGCAAACUGUGGAACCCCCCCAAAAAAGGCCCUUCAGCGUGACUUCACGGUGAAUCUGUUUUCAGAGGGUCUGGAUGAGGUUAACUGACAACUAAUGAAUAGCCAGGGUAUUAACUGACAAAAAAAAGUCGUUCAAUAAUUACAUUAAUCGAUUUUGGUUAAUUAAUUACGCGUCGAUCAUAAGUAACGUCAUGAAAAGUUUAUCUGAAGGCUCGCUGCAGGAAUCAGUCCGUCAUAAGCUCAAUUCGAAGGGCAAGUACAAUACCCAGUCCUCCCUCCCAAGGGAGUCUAUUGAUUCAGUUACGACGUCAUUCGCUACUCAGUGUACUUGUUGUCGAAUCGGACUCAAUAAACUUGUUGCCCAAACUUCUUGUUAAGUGGUCUUUGGGAACAAGUGAUUGCCUAAAAUUUAACCGACAACUAACAUUUGCCUUGGGUUUUACUGUCAAGUGACAAAGGACCUGAUUGUCCUUUAUUACUCUCGCAUGCGUAAGCAGUGAGACUGAUAAUCUGCAAUGCGUUUUUCGCCAGGGGGGGUAUUCCCUUUUAUGGGCUGUAUAGGUAUGUACGGCGCCAAAGUGUAUGGUUUCUUAACCGUUCUGGUCUGAAAUAGGGUAUGUGAAUUGGGUAUGUUUUUUAGGGGAAGCUACUUCUUCAUCAUUUGGCGAUAAGACCAUUUCCCUUUUAAUGUUCACGCCAACCUUGUACGUGCCGUAACAGCUUGUCACGCGCUCCGGUCACGCGCCGGGCUCCAGGGCUUCAGGUCUGAAAUAGGGUACCAAUUUUUUGAUGAGGUCUGAAAUAGGGUAAGGAAAAUCACAGUUUUUUUUCUGAAACAGGGUAAGGGUUUCAGGAAGGGUGAGGCACACGCCCACCCAACUUUUCCCGAAGUACUCCCCAGGGUUUUUCGUCGUAUUUUAUACACAAAUGGGGGUAAUUGUGUCAGGCGUUCCUUGCUGAGACCGUGGAAACUGGGACUAAGAAUCGUUGCCUGAUCGAAGCCACGCACGUUUUGCGAAAGCUUAGGAAAAUUAAAUUUAGAGCUUUUCCGAAACGUGUCAGUCCACGAAUUACUUUGGAACAAGUGAACACUACAUAGUGGUUGAAAAAAAAUAAGGUGGGUCUUGUGAUGAGCAUGCGACUUAUUUUCGGCGAUGAUUGAAUUGACGUGCCAUGUAAAUCACUUUUUUGAUCUCUGGCAAUGAUGUAAUUUCUCUGGAAUCGAGGCCCUUGAAUUUUCGUGUAUUUAUACACGCGUAUGGCCUGUGACCGCAGAAGUAUUUCUGGUCGACACUAACACGCCUACUGAAACAGUUUAGAAACAAAUAAAAAGUAUCGACUUCGAUAAAGUAGGAUGUAAAAAAGAUUUAGCGAGUAAAUCCUGUUUCGUGUAGAAUUAAUCGCCUCCUCAUUUCUCGAUAUAAUCUCCAAGCAAGCGAGACGGAAUGCACCUGUAAGCGCGUUCUUGUUUCCUACAAAACCUGUUUCUAAGGCCUUUUAAAAACAUCGUUCCACUCUUUAAGUCAGAAAAUGUGAUCAAAUGUGAGUUUAUAUGGGUAACCUUAGCAGCAGCACGGAUGCACGAUGACUGCUAAUGAGGACGUUAUAAAAGCAGUUGUAAAUUUUUACCAAGAUGAUUCAGAUGCGGUGUUUCUUGGUCUUUCUUACGAUCUACGUCCAUAUAUUCUGAAGGAACAAAUUGUGAUUGGCUUAUUGGUUGGAAAUGUUGGCCUCUGGCCAGUACAAAGUUUGUGUGGAGGAGAGUAACACAAGACUUUAGAAAUAGAGGGCUACUUGAAAUCCUGUCAAUUGCAAACUGAUAAAAAUUAACGUACUAUUACAUCAUUUUUUGAAUUUAAUGUUUAAUUUACAUUAUGCGCUCUCUAUGUGCUCUUUUAGCUAAAAGUCGGAUCAAAAAUAUACGAAUAAGUUUCUUAGUUAAUUAUUAAUAAUCAUUUAACUGACAAUUGACAAAAAGCCUAAAAUUUUAACCAGUGGCGGAUCUAGGGGAGAGGCCCAGGGAGCCCGGGUUCUCCCCCUUAUCUAAGGGUCUGAAUGACCGGGGCCCCCCUUAUAUCAAGGUCUGGAUCCGGUACUGUUAACUGACAACGGACAUUUGUACCCCCCAUCCAUACCCUCUUUACGGUUUGUUGACUCCUCGAGAAGUGCGAUAGUUUUAAAGCACAAUUACUCUUCUACCGCAUUUUACGUCAAAAGCCACUGUAAUAUGACCCUGCUUAGACACUGUUAAUGCAGGGCUUUGUGUUCCAAAAAAAUUAUGGUUUAAAUUUUCGUUCAGCUGAAUCUUUCGUUCAAAGUCUCCAUUGACAGUGUAUAUUGCUACUAUCAGGGGGUGUGUCUCUCUUUCUUCAUCAGCGACUACAACGUGUUCACCAACUGGAUGGCACGCAUUGCGGUAAUAGCGAUCUCCUUGGAUGUUGACACUGAAAUUGGCAAGAUGUAGUCCAUCUACAUGGAACAAGUGUCAGGAUUGGUCUGAGUCCAACACCAUAACUCGCCCAUCUUUAGACGCAGUGAUUUCCUGUACAGACUCGAUUAUCGCUUCACCAAACGAACCAACAUAGCUACCGUUCCUUGCAUGGUAUAGAUAAACCACUUUGUGUUCCUUCAAUAUGAACACCUUGCUACCGCUAAAGGUCAGUGUGUUGAAACCGCUCCCUUUCCCAACAGGAAACCUAAGCUGAAAGACAAGAGUCUCGUUAAAGACUUGCACUUCAAACUUCUCUGGCGACGAGAUUCUCGGUGACAUCAACUGUGUCACUAGUAGAUAGAUCGUAUCGUCCACGUCUGAAAUGGCGACAUCAUAGAUGUAAUGUACGAGGUAGUUUUAGAUUGGGGUCUUACACUCAUAUGAAAAUUCCAAUUGCUACCAAACACUUUUAAGGUAAGAUACCACGACGGCCACGGCCACGAAAACGUCGCUUAAAUAGUGAAUUUGCGUUCUCUCAUUCUCUAUCGUGAUUACUACUAAUAAUAAUAUUUAAUAAUUAUAUAGCGCAUUUUCUGAAAAAAAAAAUAAUCAAAUGCGCAUAACUCGAACUCGUUUACUUUGUGAAAUGCAAGCAAACUCUUUUUGAGCCGAAUUCCUAAGAAUCAUAUUCAAGUUCAGAAUGAGACAGAAAAUUUAGCCGUCGCUUGUUUACGUCCUCCAUUAAACGUGAAAUUAGGCAUUUUCCCGUCGUAGUCGCGCAGUGAAGGUAAAGAAAUGUACAAAAACGGGAGAUGCACGUGCAGAGUUGUUGUUUUGCUUAUCAACCAAUUGCUUUUUUGACGUUCUUGUUGUCGUCGCCGUCGUGGCAUCUUUAAGUCCCUAGUUUCAUGCAGUGCGCUAUUUUAGGCCUUCCUCAACCUCACCGAAUGUAAGCAGAGAAUCUGGUUUCUAGAAUCCGGCAAAAUUUUGCUUGUGGAUUCCGGAAUCCUUCGCUUCUGAGUCCAGAAUACAGCUAAAGAAUCCGGAAUCGCACUAAAUCGCACUUGGAAUCCAUAAUCCAAGUUCCACUGACAAAGACUGGAAUCCAGUACCUGGAAUCCUGAAUCCGCGGCGUGGAAUCCAGAAUCCAAGACUGUCUUGGUUUCCCUAACUUGGGGCGAUCAACCUUAUUAAAAAGAAAAGACAGACCAUUGCCAUCAAGGAACAUAAGAUUGGAAAGCCAAACGAGAAGGGCAAUAUAUGUGAGCGCAACUGAACUGAAUGUAAUGGCCAAGCGAAAAUGAUAAUGAGAAAGUGUAUUUCGCCUGUGUUGAUAAAACUCUACUUAUAGUACACCCUAAAAACUGCCCGCUCGUUGUUAUGUAUAUCUUUUGGUUAUUACUCGAUUACUGGACUCCAUUCUAUGAUAUGUAAUAUUACAUUUUACUACCUUGUUUUUGCGUUAUAUUUCCAAGUUUUUGCUCUGUGUUUAAUAAAACUGCACUGCUCUCAGCCAUAUCCUCAGAUUCAAGAAUUUUUUUUCAUGUUUAUUAUUAUGAUGAAAAACAGGUUACAUUCAAAUAAUUCCCUAAGUUCUGAAACAGUUUCAGUUUAUUUUUUUGGCCAGAAAAAAGAAAUACAUAUGCAUACAGACAGUCAAUAUAUUACAAAAAUGUUAUUUAAAGAUUAAAGACACGUUAAUUGUAAGUAAAGAAUUAAAAGUAUUUUUCUGGCAAUAAAGCUCAUUUGACAAAUGGAAACCUUGGAGCUUAUUAUAUGAGUUCCCUCCCUAACCUAAGACUAAACAUAACAAUGAAUAAAUAAGCGGCAAAAUCAUACUGAAAUAUAAUUAGGAUAAAAAGCAUGCAAAAAAACGUACAAAACAUACAAAAAGCAGCAAAAACAAGUAUUAUUUACAAACGGUUAAUCAACUAAGAAGAAAUGAUUUUAAUCUGGAAUUAAAAAGAGAGAUAGUAGCAGCAAAAACGAACACAAAGCAUUUUUUUCUCUUUAAUUCUCAUCUCGUACGUAUAUGGUACAAACUGACCCAGACAUAAAUUAGCCCAGUUUUUGAACAUGUGUAUACUGUUAAGACUUCCUGGUUGCGAUGAGACGAUUAAUAAUACAUUAAUAAAAAGCCUUUUUUUAUCAAUUUAAAUCUUUGUUCCACAUGUAUCGAUCAAGACUCGGUUAAUAAACUUUGUAUCACUGAUCAUAUGAAACUUUAGUUCGUUUUCUAAAAACCAAUCAAUUGUGCUAUUUGUUUUGCCAUUUGCACGGCAGCAACAAGAUUGCAAAUAACUCUGUUGUCGUUUAAUAAAAUGAAAAUACAGCCCACCGCAUAUCUAAUUGAUUUUCGACAUAAUGAAGCUAUCACAUAAGGAAAACAGAUAUAUUAAAAAAAGAUUCGCUUGAACGUAGUUGCUUCGGAGAAAAGUCAUGGUAAUGACAAACUACCAAACAAUUAGAGAACUGUACUGUUCUGCAAACUUCACUGGAGAGUCGAGUAGAGGUACAUGACGAGCUAAUUUUUCUGUAAGACAAAGGAGGACAGCUAAAUAUGAUGGUGAAUGAUGGUGCAAGAUCCAUGUUAAUAUUUUGGUUUCACUAUACUCAAUCGAAAUCAGCGUCACCAUGGCGUUUUUAAUUUUAAAUAUUCUACCUUUCGUAUGACAGAUCCGAAUUGGACGCGCCCGGAGAUGAUGUGAACGGGGGAAAUGAAUUUAAAAAACAAUUUAAAUGAAGAUAUAAUCUUGACGUAGUGAAAUAGCAAUUUAAGCAAUUGUAAAUAAACCGCCCAAAAUGUUAAAGUUAUAGCCCACACAGUUUGACACUCGGUUAAGACUUCCUCUUCUAAAAAAAAUGUAGCAAUUUAGUGCUGGUAUCCAUGUGAACGUCAGUCACAGCUGAAGAAAAACGGCACAAGCAAUUUACAAAAUACAGAAACACUUAAAAGCCGCCAACUUUAAUUUUUAAAAGCCCCACCAGUAACAGGCUCGCCAAUAUAAGCUCCCCUCUAACUUGUAUUGAAAUGAAUUUGAUGUAUUAUGAUAUUUUGAAGCUUUUACCAGUAACUGCAAAACACAUUUUAACAAGAGAGAAUGCAUGAGCUAAGAGAGNAGGACAGCUAAAUAUGAUGGUGAAUGAUGGUGCAAGAUCCAUGUUAAUAUUUUGGUUUCACUAUACUCAAUCGAAAUCAGCGUCACCAUGGCGUUUUUAAUUUUAAAUAUUCUACCUUUCGUAUGACAGAUCCGAAUUGGACGCGCCCGGAGAUGAUGUGAACGGGGGAAAUGAAUUUAAAAAACAAUUUAAAUGAAGAUAUAAUCUUGACGUAGUGAAAUAGCAAUUUAAGCAAUUGUAAAUAAACCGCCCAAAAUGUUAAAGUUAUAGCCCACACAGUUUGACACUCGGUUAAGACUUCCUCUUCUAAAAAAAAUGUAGCAAUUUAGUGCUGGUAUCCAUGUGAACGUCAGUCACAGCUGAAGAAAAACGGCACAAGCAAUUUACAAAAUACAGAAACACUUAAAAGCCGCCAACUUUAAUUUUUAAAAGCCCCACCAGUAACAGGCUCGCCAAUAUAAGCUCCCCUCUAACUUGUAUUGAAAUGAAUUUGAUGUAUUAUGAUAUUUUGAAGCUUUUACCAGUAACUGCAAAACACAUUUUAACAAGAGAGAAUGCAUGAGCUAAGAGAGCGAAUCCCUGUGCCCCAUGAUAAUUUUUUUAAAUCUAUUUAAAGUUCGCGCGCGUGCUGCGUAGGUUAUUUUUAUCUGUUAUUUCCGUGACCUGCGUGGUCUACUUUCACGUGAACGUGACAUGUUUCGCCGCCAAACAGCCAUUAUAGUAAUUCGCGCCAGGAGCCGAUACUUAUCGGCUCCUGUUGUUCUCAUGUUUUUGAUCAGCGCGUUCCGCUCAUAAUUUAGGAAUGAAUUUCAUUUACCAAGGGAUUGCAGUAUUGAAGUCAAAAUUUCACUUUGAGAUUAAAGAUUUAGAUUUUCUUACGGCUGGUAGCCAUUUAAAGUAACGAAUGUUGAAAUCUGACACACCGUGAAAGCCAAAGGCCAAGGUUAUCACGCGUGAAACACAAAACCUUAAAGGUCGAUGGCUUCAAUUGUUUAUGCAGAUGUGCGAGAUAUUUUUUCUCUUUUUCCAGGAAUGUUUUUCGUUCAGAAACGGUACAUUCGCUUUUAAGAAUUAUUCUUGAGAGUUUCAAACUGCAUUACUUUUUCUUAACGUCUAUUGAAUAUUUCGCCCUGCGAACACAAAUUAGGUCAGAUGCUUCAAGCAGUUAGACAAUCGCUAACUUUGGCUGGAUGCCAGAGACUUUUUAUGCGCGGUUUCCGGUUUCGGUCAAUUCUUUAUAGUGAGUGGUGUGCACAAAUUUGUCUAGCGCCCUAUCAAAAUUUAAAUGUUUGGCGGCCAAACAUUCGUGUUUUUUUUUUCUUCUUUGAACCUAUUUCCUCGUUACGUGUCCACGAUUGGAUCAAAACGACGGUAUCACAGCUUGCGGGUGUGCGUGGAUGUCGCCGGAAGAGACAGUUGUCGUUUUUGUACAAUGUUUUUCUACUGAUGUAGCGUUGCCUGCGUGCAGACGUCUCCUAUUUCCUUUGUUGCACGCAAAGGAAAUAGGAGACGUCUGCACGCAGGCAAAUGUAGCGAAGACCUCAAUUAGCAAUUUCGGUCGAGUCGGAACCGCUUUCUGCGGCGAAUUUCACAAGCCAUGACCGUUUUGCUCUUCGGCCACUACUCUGGCCAGAUUUUUCCACGUAGAAUUCGAAAUCUUUUGACUCGUCGGCGAAAGUAAUACCAAGUUUGCAAGUCAUAUCGCUUGCUGUGCGUCUGAUCGGCAGUGAAAUGAAUUACCCGUCAAGUUUAAAAUUAAAUGACGCCACUCUAACCGACCAAUAAGGUGGCGUCCCUAAAGUAACCAGGCAGUAUGACACAGAACCAAGAAUAGAUUGAAAAUAAUUUUCAUGGGAGGAGGGUCAUGUAUGAGGGAUUCGCUCUCUUGGAUCAUUCUCUCUUGAUUUUAAUCAGCACAGCUCCAGCUUGUUUCGAACAGCUUUUUCCAUUUCCGUUAUAAUCCCUCUCGGAUAUAAGCCCCUCCCUUUAAUUCGUAAGCCCUCCCAAAACCCCUUAAGAAGAUAUAUAAUCCCAGGGCUUUUAAGCGACAGUUUACGGCACUGCAUAUCAUAUGCUCGGCUCACAAACUUAACACUUCCUUUAGCAAAAUUUUCUCGUUCUUGCUCUCACUAUGUUUACUAAAACUGCAUUGCUCUCAGCUAAUCGUCGAAUUCAAUAUAUAUGUUUUCAUAAUUUUUAUUAUGAUAAAAACAGGUCAUAAUUUCCUAAGCUAGAACGAACGUUUUAUUUUCUUUAAUUCCCAUCUCGUAAUGGCCCAGACUUUAGAGCCCAUUAUUUGAACAUUUGCACAUUGUUACUAACACUUUAGUGCCUGCAAUGACAUUAUCAGCGCGCCGCGGGCUUCAGUUUAACUUCUGGCAAUUGCCGAAAACCCGUUUUCUACUCAAUUUGAAUAAACACUUAACAGAACUAUCGAUCAAGACUUGGUACGGUUAAUAGACUUUUUAUUCCUAACAGUUUAGCUCGUUUUCUAAAGGCCAGGCAAUUGUGCUAUUUGCUCCCUAAUGGCACAGCAAAACAAAGGCAACACCAAGAUUGUCGAAUUCCGUCGUUUAAUAAACUGAAAAGACAAAGCAAAUGUUUAAUUGUUUGCUGACAAGGUGUAGCAGUCAUAUAAGAAGGACAGAUAUUUUAAAAAAGAGUUCAGUUGACUGUAGCCGCAUCGCAGAAAAGUCAUGGAAAUGAAUUUUUUUACUGGAGGUGAAAACCUGCAAACAGUUGUAGAAUUCUUGUGCUCUGCAGAAUUUACUGGAGAGGUACAUGGCGAGCUCAUUUUUCUCUCUGUCGUCAACACUUGUUUGUCCAUUACAGCAUUUUUAGGGAACGCUCUGAUCCUAGUUGCCCUUCACAAGGACACAUCAAUUCAUCCGCCAUCCAAACUCCUGUAUCGUAACCUAGCGAUAACUGAUCUUUGUGUUGGUAUCAUUGUCGAGCCUUUGUAUGUUGCUUAUAUGAUUUCUGUGGUGAACAAAAGAAGGGAUAUUUGCUAUUACGCACAUUUGACAGUAUAUUUCGCAGGUGUUACUUUGUGUUCAGUGUCGCUGAUAACACUGACUGCAAUAAGCGUGGACAGACUUCUUGCUUUGCUACUGGGUCUCAGAUACAGACAAGUUGUAACUUUGAAAAGAACACGUUUAAUUGCUAUUGGUGGUUGGAUUGUGUCCGUUGCCGAUGCAUCUACACCCUUUCUGAAUCUUCUUAUUUUUUCAUUGUACCAUUAUAUUGUUACAGGUUUUUGUUUAGUCAAUACAAUCUGUGCCUACAUAAAAAUCUUCAUGUCUCUGCCUCAUAACCAAAUUCAUGGUCAGAACCAUGUUGUUCAAGGGCAAUCGAGCCAAGUAAAUACACUGAAUAAAGCUCGAUACAGAAAGGCAGUGUACAGUGCACUGUGGGUGCAGGUAACAUUGGUUAUUUGUUAUCUGCCGUACGGUAUAGCUGUAGCUUUAACACCUCAAAGGGGGAUGCAUUUAUCUACUUACCUCGCUUUGCAAUUUACAGCUACCUUAGUGUUUUUAAACUCGUCGUUAAACCCGUUUCUGUACUGCUGGAAGAUCACAGAAGUGAGACAAGCUGUAAAAGAAACAUUACAACAACUACACUUCUGUAUCAACUAA